GAAAAUUAUCGUAAAAUACACAAGAUUACUCUCUCUCUCUUCCUCCCUCUCCCUCUCUCCCUCUCUCUCUCCCUCAGUCUACUUUCCUGCCUAUCUUUCCUCCCUCCUCCACUCUCCCCGUACCUGCCGACAGACACACGCACGUACAGGAUGAGCGUCGUAAGUUACCUGAAGCGACGGGUGUUCGGCAAGUCAGCCUUUAUUAUCAAGCGUGUGAUUCUGCCUGCUGCUGCCGUCUUCCUGUUGCUCCAAGUGUUAUUCUCAGGAAGUCCAUAUCAGCAUGACCAGAAAGCGACACCAGAUCUGUCCAACCUCAUUGUACCAGGCGAGGCAAUAGAUCCAGUGCUGCAGAAGAAAACGGGGUACCACCACGGAAACCCCCAACCUGGCGCCCCCCCAGUCACCCCUGAGGGCCCCCACGCGCACCAUGCCCCCGUCCCCUCCCCAGUCCCCGCCCCAUCCCCCGUGCUUGCCCAAGGGGAGAUGCAGAUGCAGCAGCAGAAAGGGGACCAAAAUCAUCAACAACAACAACAACAACAACAACAACAACAACAAAAACAACAACAGCAGCAACAGCAACAACAUCCUUCAUCAUGGUCAAUGGCAUCUGCUAACAUUACUGACAGCCAUAAGGUGAGGUACAAAGGUCACGCCAUCACCAAUCAGACCGUGACCUUGACCCUUAUGUCCAGCCAGGAUAAAGUGUUCAUGUCACUCAACAAACGGGAGAUUUACCGUAACCUGGGGGACCGCGGCCUUCACCUGGUGGUCCUCAAUCAACACACGGGGCAGGUGAUGGCUACCCAGGUGUUCGAUACUUUCUCUGUUGGCGUGGAGGAAGAGAUGGUGUCCUUCAUUGACGACAUUACUGACGGGAGGAUACUAGUGUUCGCUGUGCUGGAUGAGGCAAGCGACAACCUGUCUUGGCGAGGGAGGAACCGUCUGAAGGAGCUUGGGUCGAGAUGGGCAGACAAGCUGGCGUACAGGGACAUGUGGGCACUGGUGACUCGCAAGGGAGGCCUCAAGAUGGCUGAGACCUACUCCAACGUAGCCACGGCUGACACGGGCUACGAGUGGGGCGGCCCUGUCUUCCUGCGGACUGACUUUGACUUGGAGGAAGGAAAAGGCGGGUGUCGGUGGCCUGUGAACGAGAGAAACGAGGCACGGCGAGUGUUCUGCCAGCGGUACGAAGGUUACGGCGCCCUCUGUGACUGCGGCGUGACCAGCUGGCAUGAUGUCUUCUUCCACGCGGAUGACAAGCUGCACUCCGAGUUGUCCCGUUCACCACUGUACCGGGAGGUGGGCGUCGUGAUUCUGGCCACCGACAGGCCGCACUAUCUGUACAGGGCACUGAAGGCAUUGUGGGAAGCGCCAGGCCUGAAUCGAGACAAAGUGGCGAUAUACGGGGACGCGGGGCACAGGCAGGUAAGAGCAGUGGCAAGACUUUUCGGAGUGCAUCUAGUUGAGGAACCUCCCAGGGGAAACACCACUAAGGAACACAUCAGACACAAGGUGCAGCGGGUGUUGAGAGAUGUUGCUGGUGUUAAGUUCCCACGCGAGACUGUCCCAGAAGGAGGUUUGCCCGAGGACACCAUCGCACCCUUCACCUGUUCCCAUCUUCUACUGCUGGAGGAUGAUGUCGAAGUCUCCGUUGACAUAUUUAAGUUCCUUUACUCCGUGGCCCCUGUUAUGGAGAAAGACCACAGCAUCAUCGGCAUCUCUUCCUUCAACUACUACGGAUACACAGACGUGGCCAACUCACUCACCACAGUCUACCGCACAGACAACCUCAAUCCAAUGGUUCUCCUUCUGCCGGCACGCACCCUGCACCAGCACCUCGGUCCAGCCUGGCCAGCGUGGAACAGCACGCAAGAGUGGUACCACCCCCUGCACGAGUACCUGAAGGCGGCGGGGGGGCGGGCGCUGUUGUAUCCAGAGGUGCCGAGGGCGAGACACACAGGGUACCGGGGGGCUCUCAUCCAGGGGUCUGUUCAGCAUAACUACUUCAGGGACCACAUUCUGUCCCUCACCACCUCCUAUGAUCUUCCUGAGGCAGAGGUCAUGAUGUUGGCAAGUCAGCAGUACGAGGCGAGACUGGAGAAAACACUUAAGGAAUCUGAAACAAUAUCCUUUGACUUCUGCAAACAUGAUCUACUGUACGGGGAGAAUCCUCUCAAGAUGUUUGUCGCCUACAACGGAAGCCGACAGGACGAGGACAGUAUGAACUACGUUAUGAAGUGCCUGAGGACCUGGGAGCUGUAUCCUGAAGCAGGCUGGCACGGGGUGUGGCAGUUCCAUUACCACGGACAUUGGCUCAGCAUCGUGGCCACUCCUUACUCCAGAUACAGCCACCUGAUGCCUCAAAACUACACCGCCAUCACCGCUCCGCCCACCACCACCACCACCACCACAAGCACUACCACCUCCACCACCAGCACCAUCACCUCCACCACCUCCACCACCUCAGCUGCCGCCUCUGCCAGCUCCCCGCCACCAUAGUUGUGAUGUGUUUGCCUCUAUCACCUUAUCAGGAAUUAAACAACUCUCUCUCUCUCUCUCUCUCUCUCUCUCUCUCUCUCUCUCUCUCUCUCUCUCUCUCUCUCUCGCACACUCCCAAAUCACACCAUAUGUGUAUGGAGUAUUUUUGACUAAGAAUUAUUAAAACUAUCAAAUUCCGGAGUAUAUACCUUAGCUUGCUAGAUACCGUGUG